AUGGCUUCAACUUAUACUUACUCGUUCUUCCGCGUCUCAAAGACCAAUGGAAUCGACACCUCAGCUCAACAAUAUCGAGACUUGCGCCUAAAAGCACUGAAGACAUCACCUGGCUCAUUCUCAUCUACUUACACUAUUGAAUCCACCUUCAGCGAUGCCGAUUGGGUCGAUCGCCUCACUGUCCCCGAUCGCGAAGUCUUCAUCUGUGCCGCAACACCGGUGGGCCUGAAUUCAUCAUGCCCAAAUGACAUUCAAUGGAUCGGUCAAGUCACCGUUCGAGGACCAGCCUCUCGCACUGGUUUCGAGUUACCAGUCGAAGCAGGGCAACCCCCUCAAAGGUCCGAUGAAGAGGAAGAACGAUGGCAGAUGCUGAGUCUGUUUACCCUCCCGCAACACCGUGGCCAUGGCCUUGGGAGUAAGCUGUGUCAGGAGGCCAUCGAAUAUCUUCGAUCGUAUAGGACGUUUCCUCGGGAUGUUCAAGUUCGGCUCAUCGUUAAGGCGGGGAAUGAUAUUACUGUUGAGUUGUAUCGGAGACUUGGGUUUAUGCAUGCUGGACGGGCGACGCUUGUUGAAGCUCUCAUUGCGAAUGGAGAUGAGCAUCUUAUUUCGGAGGAUCGGAACUCGGCGAUGUAUCAUGAUAGACAAGGGAUCAUUAUGCUAUCGCGUGUAUCACGGUCAUAG